AUGGAAAGCACUGGCCAGCCGCUGAUUUUCAAGAAGCAUCGCAACGUCGACCACGGACUCGACACGAUGGCGGCUCUGGCGGCGAGUGGCAAGUUUAUGAUAUCGCACCUGCAACCGCACGAGCAGCUACCGCAUCUGGUGAAGCCGAUCGAUCACUAUCCGCAGCACGGCGGCGGCCACGAGCUGUUCGGUCCGUACGGUGACCCCUCGGUUGACCUCGCCCGCUACGGUCCCAAUCUGCUGACCCGGUACGGCCUUGGACCGACACCGGUGGACCACCGGCAUCCCUACCGGCCGGCCCCACCCCUUCGGCUGCCCAUCCCGAUUGCCGCCGGACACCCGGUCAGCAAGUCGACGGUGGUCAGUAGCGAGCGGUUGAACAACUACAACUACCGCCCAUCGCGACCGCCCGGGGACGAGCUGUACAGAGGUUUCAACGCUUACCAGCAGCCGGCAGCGGCAGCGUGGCGUGGCCGCAGCCUCGUCGGUGGGAUCCUCAAAAAUAACAUCGGCGGCAGCGGAAGACGGGAGAACCACAGGACCCGGACCAACCACCACCAUCCACUGAUUUACGACCCGAAGCAGUAUGAGUGCUUCAGCGGUGCCGACGGACCGACGACGCACGAACCGAACGGGGUCUACCGGACCGGACUGCCGCCACCGCCCAGUGUCAAGAACACCAACAGUGCCGAGCGCAACUACAACGUCAACUACAGUCUGAACUUUACGAAAAAUCAGUACAACAUCCUCAUCUCGCCACCGCUCCACCCGGACCUGCGGCCACGGAUUGCGGUGCCACCGUACACCGACGACGACGACCGCGACGACGACGACGCCGACAGUGACGUCGGCCGACGGUUUCACCGACCGACCGAGGAACACCGACCACCACAGGGACAGGAACCAGGUUACGCUGGUGCGCGGCAGCGGCAAGAAGAGCCUCACGCCAACUUCAGCGGGCCACUCUAUCUGUCGCCCCAGUCGCGGGACGGCAGCACCAGGCAGCCGCUGGACCUCGAACCGGGACUGCUGCUGACCGAGAAGCAGCUGCUGGCGCAGCAGGAAGCGUACGCCGUGGGGAAGAUGCAGCGCGAGGAGAUCAUCAUCGAGCACAGCCAGCUGAUGGGCAGCGGUGGCGGUGGCGCGGAUGGUAGUGCGGGGCCCGGUGCCCGGAUCGUGCACCCGGCCGGCCCCGGUCCGCUGCCACCGUUCCGAGGACGGCGCGACGGCUCGAAGGGAGCACUGGGAGCGUUCGGAGUCCUCGGACAGGGCCACCACUUCACGCAGAUUAUUGCCGCCCUGGCCGUGUCACUGGGGCCGCUGGCGGCCGGUCUCGGCAAGGGGUACUCCAGUCCGGCCAUCGACAACCUGCAGGAGCUCCAGAACGUCAAGCGGGGCAACUAUACGCACUUCUCCGUCAACGAUCAGCAGGUCAGCUGGAUAGCGAGUCUGUCGCUGCUGGGGGCCCUGUUUGGCGGUAUGUUCGGCGGGCUGGCCAUGCAGUUCGGACGCAAGCGGGUCCUCACGCUCAUGUCACUGCCGUUCUCCAUCUCCUGGAUACUGACCAUGUUCGCGAAAUCGGUCGAAACCAUGUUUUUUACCGCGUUCGUCGGUGGGUUCUGCUGUGCGAUCGUGUCGUCAGUGGCGCAGGUGUACGUCAGCGAGAUAGCGUCGCCCGACAUCCGGGGGUUCCUGAGCGCCAUCCAGAAGAUUGCGGGCCACUUCGGGAUGUUGAUCUCGUACCUGCUCGGGGCGUACCUGGACUGGCGCCAGCUGGCGAUGCUGAUCGCGAUGGCCCCGAUCAUGCUCUUCAUAUCUGUGAUCUACAUACCGGAAACACCGAGCUUCCUAGUGUUAAGGGGUUGCGACGAAGAGGCACACCGCUCACUGCAAUGGCUGCGAGGACCGCACAAGAAUGUGGAGCUAGAGCUCGACACGAUCCGAUCGAACGUACGGACGACGAGGAUGAAUUUGCUGAACCGGAUGACACCUUCGUCGGGUGCGACGACGGCAGCAGCAGCUAGCAGCAACGGUGUUCCGGUAGGCAAUGGACUACCGGCGGCGGAGGCUGGCACGGCGCAGCCCAGCUUGCCGUUCGCCGCGCAACGUCGCGGCCUGCGUCAGUACCUGGAGAUGGUGUCCUUCGAAGCGCUCGUCGCGAACGUCAAGUCCGUGCUGCGUAACGUUCGCCUCGUAAAACCGAUUCUCAUUACGUGCGGGUUAAUGAUAUUCCAGCGAUUCACGGGUGCCAGUUCUUUCAACUUCUACGCCGUGACGAUCUUCCGGAAAACGUUCGCCGGCAUGAACCCACACGGGGCCGCCAUUGCGGUCGGCUUCGUGCAGCUCCUGGCGUCGAUGCUGUCCGGGCUGCUGAUCGAUACGGUCGGUCGCAUUCCGCUGCUGAUCGUGAGCAGUAUCUUCAUGUCGCUAGCCCUGGCCGGGUUCGGGUCGUGCGUUUACUACGGAGAAACGAGCAAAAUGCUACUGGCCGAGAGUGGCCUAACGGACGUGAGCGUGGCCAAUGGGCAGAACGACUGGAUACCGCUGCUGUGCGUGCUCGUCUUCACGGUGGCCUUUGCGCUAGGCAUUUCGCCCAUCUCCUGGCUGCUGGUUGGUGAGCUGUUCCCGCUCGAGUACCGUGCCAUCGGGAGCUCGAUCGCCACCAGCUUCAGCUACUUCUGUGCGUUUCUCAGUGUCAAAACGUUCGUGGACUUUCAAAGCUUUCUCGGGCUGCAUGGAACGUUCUGGAUGUACGCCUGCAUAUCGUGCGUGGGGCUGUUCUUCGUCAUCAUGGUCGUACCGGAAACGAAGGGCCGCGACCUCGAGGAGAUGGAUCCGCGUUACGUGCGAACGCUGACGAUCAAUCGAUGA